AUGAAUAAUAUAUGUAUUACUUAAGUUAAAACCAGUCAAGGGGAUAUUGCUAUUGUAAACUCAACUGAAAGAAAUGAGAAACAUAGAUAAGCUUAUUCCAAAGUUCUAUAGCUAAAGAGCUUUAAUUUGAUUCAAUCGGAAACAAGAGUGGAAACUCCAGCGAAAGAAAUAGAUGAGGCUGAACUUCCAUUAAGAGAACAUGUUUAUAGAGACGCUAUAAAGCGUUCAGCAACAUUCCUGAAAGUAGCCUCAGAGGAAAUGGGUAGAUAUUAAACAGAAUGGCACUGGAAGUUUUUUUUCGAAUUCCUUUUUUAUCAUAUUAUGUUUUAUAAUCUAUUUGGACCCUUAAUGGUGAUAUUUUUUUGGAAAUGGCCUGGUAUGCCUCUGAUGAUAAAUAUGAGAUUUUUAAAGCAUCACCCUCAAUUUUAUUUUUAAUUGCUUUUAUGGUUAGGUUCAUUGACAGGGGGUUAUUGGUAUUUAUUCGAUGAUAAAAAUAUUAUAACUUUAACUGAAGUUGUAUUCACUUAAUUUGCCCUUUUAAUUAGGGCAGUUGUAAUUGCUGCAAAAUAUGCAACUCUAAGUGAGGAAAGAAUUAAUGAAGAAAUGUUUACGUUUGAUUUAAUGAUGUGGGAUUGGAGACUUUAAACACCUAAAGUUUUGUUUCUAGAACAAUUGAGAUUUUUAAAAAGAAGAGAGUUAGAUCCUGAUUUUUAUAAGAUAGAUUUCCUAUGUUAACCUCAUAUAAAGACAGUAAAAUAAUUGAUCUAAGUCGAUGUUGGAUUUUAUAGGGAAUGGUUAGAAUAACAAGAAGAAUCUUAAAUUUCACCUGUCAUAGACAACACAUACAAUUGUUUUUUUGUCUUUGGGUAUUUGGUCAAUUCCUUUUAAAAAAAGCACACUCCUGGGGGCUUUUCGAAAUAUGUUGUAAUUUAAUCUUUAAUAUUAUCAUUAACUCCAUGUUUAUUAAGAGUAUAAUACUUUUAUGAGAUUGAUGUAGGGGUCAUUGAUAUAUUGAGAAUAAUAAUCAAUAUUUUGACAACCUUCUAAGGAUUCUUUGGAUCCUUUGUAUUCUUGUAAAUUGGUCUAUAUGAUUUAUAAAGAAAGUUUUAUCUUUUGGAUUAAUGUUGUUAUAUGCUGAAUAUAAAGGAACAAAAAUUUUCAACAGGCAAAAAGCUAUUACCAUCAAUCAACUUUAAUAAUCCUAUCACCUUAUAAGCCUGGUCAAUGUUAAGAGGGAUGGCUUUCGAUUAUGGGAGAACUUAUGAUUUCAGAAUUCAAGGGUUUUAUUCAUUGAUUUUUCUUGGAUGGAUAUUUUUAUUUUUGUUUGGAAUAGGAGUAUUAUUGGAUUUCAUUCGUAUAAAUUUUUUCUAAACUACAUUAUUAUCAGAAAUGCUGGUGAUUCUAACUGGAUUUAUUGGAUAUUAUCUGUGGCAUGGAGCAAAAUUAAAUGAAUAUUAUGAGACAUUUGAUAUUCUACUUGAAGAUGUUAGAAAUAUGUAUGUGGAUAUGCUUAGAAAAAAGGAACAGUAUUUUAUUUUAAAUUUGGAGGUAACAAACGCAAUCCAUAAAAAAUUUGUAUUUUUGUUAAAGAGUCAGACCAAUUCUAUUGAAACAAUUACAUAAUAUAUCAACUUUAUUAUAGAAGAGAUAGAUGAUACCAUAAGACAAUUGAAUUAUGAUGAAAAGCAUAACCCUUUUAAAAUCUAUGGCAUUCGAAUAACCUUAAACUUUUUAUAGAGCAUGGUGGUUGCUAUAUUUACUUUGGUAGGAUUCGCUGUAUAGUAAAGAAUGUAAAAUAUAGAUGUGGAAUGUCUUUCAAAAUGA